AUGUUUGAGUUAAGACAUGAAAUUGAGUUAUUUUUGGUCGAGCAGGGACACGAUGAGUACAAACAGAUGCUGACUGACUCUUUGUGGGUGCAAAAAUUGGCUUACUUGUCAGAUAUCUUCACAAAAUUAAAUGAGUUGAAUUUGGGACUACAAGGCCGUGAUACAACCAUAUUCACUAUGCAGGAGAAAGUUGAGUCCACUAUAAACAAACUAUCCCUCUGGACAUCUUUGAUUGACAAGUGUAAAUAUGACCAGUUGCCGAAUCUUAAACUUUUUUUGGAUACAACUUCUUCGACAGUAAAUGAAGAUUUAAAAUCGGACAGAAAAUGCCACUUGCAAAAUCUGUCGGCGGCUUUACGUAGUUACUUCCCAGAAAUAUCGCCGCAAUGGAACUGGGUAAACAAUCCUUUCGCGAACCAUUCCGUCGACCACCUACUCAUCUCUGAUCAAGAGGAAUUAAUAGACAUCUCAUGCAACAGCAGACUCAAGAGUUGUUUUGCAGAGCAAUCACUGGGUGACUUUUGGGCUAAUUUAAAAGAUAUUUAUCAUAUCAGCGAAUCAGCAAUAAAAUAUUUACUACCAUUUUGCACAACCUACCUUUGCGAAAGCCGAUUUUCGGCCAUGACGAACUUAAAAACUAAACAUCGUCACAGACUUCAACUUGAAGACGAUUUAAGACUGAAGCUGACUGAAGGACAACCAGAUUUUCAAGAGCUGUGCUAA